AUGCUUUCGAAUCCCCUCCACCGCUUCUCGGCAUACAAUGCCUUGCCCUCGAACGGUAUGAUGUCCAACGGGCACUUGCCCUCGAAUCACAUGCACACCGGCCUCCACACCCUGGCCGACGGAUCGCAAUACGCGCUCCAGCAGCUCCAGCAGCACGUCGAUGUUCAUCAGAGUGGCCAAGUUCACAGAGGCCAUAAUAAUAAGCAUCGUCAGCACCCCUACGCGCCUGGGCCAGGCAAUGGCAGGACGGCAAGCAAUGGCUCCUCUGGCCCCAUCCGCCGGAGAAUCAGCAGGGCCUGCGAUCAGUGCAACCAACUCCGAACAAAAUGUGACGGGCAAGCUCCUUGCGCUCAUUGCGUUGAAUUUGGGUUGGGUUGCGAAUACAUACGGGAACGCAAGAAGCGAGGCAAGGCUUCGCGCAAAGAUUUGGCACAACAAGCUGCAGCCGCAGCCGCCAAUGGACAAAAAUCCCCAACCGGGCAAUCCUCAGAUGAGAGAACUUCACCUACAGAGUCACGCAAUGAGAAUGGCUCUUCCACUACGUCUAUCAACAAUGAGAAUGGCUCGUUCCGCCGGCCCCAAGCCUCGCGCUCGCUUAGUCUCAACACCACCAACCUCGACAAAUCCUCAGCUCGUGAAGCCAUGAAGGGCAGACUCCGCGCCGGUAGUCUUGAGUCCUUGACGGAGAUGGCCAAUGGGCACCAGCCUCACAUGGUUUCCCGUGCGGAAGCCGAUCAAAUCGAAAGCCCCGUGUCCCUGAAUCUCAACGGCUAUUCAAGCAUGCAUGGCUACCGACCCGCCAUCAAUUCCCACAUGAUGAAUGGGAAUGGUGGCCAUCCCAACUUCAGUGCCGGACAAGGUUCUUUACCCGGGUAUCCAGAUAUGCCCUACGCCAUCCAGGCAUCGAGCCCAACACAUUACCCGGGUAAUACACCCGGCGCUUUUCGUUUAGGCGAUAGCCCUCUGCCCGGAUUCUCCAUGGGGUCAGAUCCUGCUUCGCCGGGAGGGUGGAUGUCCCUACCGUCGCCCUCGAACCAGUACCAGCAACACGUGACGAACCACAACUUUAAUUCGACGCUCCGGUAUCCUGUAUUGCAACCCCUCAUUCCUCACCUUGGCAAUAUCAUCCCGAUAUCCCUGGCUUGCGACUUGCUUGACUUGUACUUUGCAAGUUCGUCGUCGGCGCUGAUGCAUCCGACUUCACCCUACGUCCUUGGAUAUGUCUUUCGAAAGCAUUCCAUUCUUCACCCAACCAAGCCGAGACAAUGCACACCGGCCCUGCUUGCCAGCAUGCUCUGGGUCGUUGCCCAGACAAGUGACGCAGCUUUCUUAACAGCACCUCCUUCAUCACGUGGACGCAUCUGUCAAAGACUGCUCGAACUCACUGUUGGUCUGCUCAAGCCCCUGAUCCAUGGUCCUUCCAAUGACGACGCUUCACCAAACUUCUCCAACACCGUCAUCAGUGGCGUUGCCUUGGGUGGCCUCGGUGUUGCCAUGCCUGGAUCCGUGAACAUAGACGGCCUGAACGUAGAGACUGGAGCCUUUGGUGCCGCGGGAACUUUGGAUGAUGUCGUCACCUACAUCCAUCUGGCCACCGUGGUGUCGGCCAGUGAGUACAAAGGCGCUAGCCUGAGAUGGUGGAAUGCAGCAUGGUCUUUGGCAAGAGAAUUAAAACUUGGAAGAGAGCUGCCUCAGAACGCUGCAUCCCUGCCAUCUCAACCACCCGAAACCGUCAAUGAUGUCGACGCUGACGGAGAGGCCGACGAUGAUCUACAGAACACGUCGACCCUGAUCACCGAGGAGGAACGGGAAGAACGGAGAAGAAUAUGGUGGCUGUGCUAUACCGUGGAUCGUCAUCUCGCGCUAUGUUAUAACAGACCUCUCUUCCUGUUAGACAUCGAGUGUGAUGGCCUUCUCCAGCCAAUGGACGAUACUUUAUGGCAGGCUGGAGAAUUCUACACUGGUGAUUCAAGCAUUCAUAUUACCUCCCCGAGUGGCACACCACGGAUUAGAAGGAGAGGACCUAACUUUGAGUGUACCGGACAUAGCAUAUUCGGAUAUUUCUUACCCCUCAUGACUAUCCUCGGGGAGAUCGUAGAUCUCUACCACGCCAAAAACCACCCCCGAUUCGGCGUUGGCUUCAGAUCUGCCCAGGAAUGGGAUGAUCACGCCAGCGAAAUCGCCCGACAGCUCGAGGCGUACGGCCAGAGUCUCAAAGAUUUCGAGUCGCGACAUCUCAGCGCCCUAGCCGUAGAACAAACCGAGAAAACAAAUAUGGAAGGCAUCACUUCAACAAAUCCAACAGGCAACAUUGAGCAUAACGAUAUAGGCACACCUUCAGUCCAUUCAAUUCACACAAGUUCCUCAGCUCACAUUUCAGAAGCCGACAUUCAGACAAGGAUAGUCGUUGCGUACGGCACUCACGUCAUGCACGUCUUACACAUCUUGCUGACAGGGAAAUGGGAUCCCAUCUCACUUCUCGACGACAAUGAUCUCUGGAUCUCAUCUCAGAGCUUCAUCAAUGCUACAGAUCACGCAGUAAGUGCAGCCGAGGCCAUCAACAACAUCCUCGAGUACGACCCAGGUCUCGAAUUCAUGCCAUUCUUCUUUGGCGUGUAUCUACUACAAGGGAGCUUUCUGCUUCUCCUCAUCGCAGACAAACUUCAAGUCGAAGCAUCCCCCAGCGUAGUGAAAGCAUGCGAGACCAUCGUCCGCGCACACGAAGCCUGUGUCGUGACCCUGAACACUGAAUACCAGAGGAAUUUCCGCAACGUCAUGCGUUCAGCACUCGCCCAAGUCCGCGGCCGCGUCCCCGAAGACUUCGGCGAGCAACAACUGCGACGGAGAGAAGUGCUCGCUCUAUACCGAUGGACAGGCGACGGCACCGGCCUCGCCCUCUAA